CUUUUUCUUUAUAAAAGCCGUAAAUAUCUGCUACCGUAAACCAUAUUGAGCUCACCAUUUGCGUUGCCAUCAAUGGAGAUUCAAAUCCCAUGCUCUCUCUUCAUUGCCAUGUCUUGCUUCCUCCUUGUAAUACUGAAGCGAUCGAGCUCCAAGAAAUCUGUCAAAACCCUACCCCCCGGUCCACCCAGAUUACCGCUCAUAGGGAACUUGCACCAACUUGUAAGGUCACUACCUCAUCACUCCCUGAGAGACCUAGCUAACAAGUAUGGACCUUUCAUGCACCUUCAACUAGGAGAGGUGUCCCAUGUUGUUGUCUCUUCCCCAGAAAUUGCCAAAGAGAUCAUGAAAAAGCAUGAUACCACCUUUGCCUAUCGACCUAGUCUUGUUGCGAGCAAAAUAAUUAACAACAAUAUGGAUAUAGGCUUUGCUCCAUAUGGAAACUACUGGAGGCAACUUCGAAAGAUUUGCACUGUGGAGGUUUUAUCUGCAAAGAGGGUCCAGUCAUUCAGAACGAUAAGGGAAGAGGAGGUAUCUGCAUUUGUGAAGAAUGUAUCUGAACAUGAAGGCUCUGUUAUCAAUCUCAGUAAGAAGCUUUUCGAGCUCACAAAUUUCGUAACAGCACGAGCAGCCUUUGGUGCAAAGACCAAGGGCAAGAAUGUUGAAGAACUACUAUCAACUAUGAAGCGGACCCUAGAGUUGGCAAGUGGUCUCUCAAUUGCUGAUCUUUACCCUUCGCUCAAAAUCCUUCAAGUGAUCACUGGAAUCAAAGCUAAAAUUGAAGGAGUGAACAAGGAGAUUGAUUCGAUAGUUAGGAAUAUCAUCAACCACCACAGAGAAGAGAAGCACAGCUAUAUUGGUGAGGCAGAGGAUCUAGUUGAUGUUCUUCUGAGGAUUCAAAGGGAAAAUGAUCUUGAAAUCCCCUUAACUCUAGAGAACAUCAAAUCUGUUAUCCUGGAUGUUUUUCUUGGUGGAACUGAAACAUCAGCAACAACUGUGGAGUGGUCAAUGUCAGAACUUCUCAGAAACCCUAACACGAUGAAAAAGGCACAAGAAGAGGUAAGAAGGGUUUAUGGAAGCAAAGGUUAUGUGGAUGAGUCAGAAGUUCAUCAAUUGAAGUAUGUGUAUGCUGUCAUAAAAGAAACUCUGAGGCUUCACCCUCCUUUGCCACUGCUACUUCCAAGAGAGAAUCAUGAGAGCUGUGAGAUCAACGGUUUUGAGUUACCUCCUAAGACAAGGGUUAUUAUCAAUGGUUGGGCAAUUGAAAGAGAUCCCAAAUACUGGAGUGAGCCUGAAAAGUUUGAGCCAGAAAGAUUCCUAAAUGCCUCGACUGAUUACAACUUUAAAGGCACAGAGUUUGAGUACAUUCCAUUUGGUUCUGGAAGAAGAAUAUGUCCAGGAAUCUCAUUUGCCACAGCUCUUAUCGAAUUUAUGCUUGCCAGUUUGCUCUACCACUUUGAUUGGAAACUCCCCAAUGGGUUAAAGCCUGAAGGGUUGGAGAUGGAUGAGGAUUUUGGUUCCACCGUGAGAAGAAAACAUGAUCUCCGUUUGAUUCCUAUCAGCCAUCACCCUUAGUUUGCGUCAUUAUCUGAGUCAAUGUAUGAUAUCAGCUUGUAGAAGCUAAAACCUUAAGGUAAUAAAACAGGAAGCUAAAGCCUUGAGUCAAUA